AUUUUCGUAAUUUCCUUUUCUUCUCCUGUAUCACCCGCGGAUACGAUUCCUCCGCGAUUCCCGUCCCCGACUUGCCGGAGAGCUCCAUUCUCCGUACGGCGCUAAACUGACGCGACUGAGGAUUCUAGCUUCGCACAUUGCAUUCAAAUUUUGAAAAUUGCGGUUUUACGUAUAACUCUAUAUAUGUGUAUCUUAAUUUAGGGGUUUUGAAUGUUCAGGAUUUUUGUCUCUUAAAUUGAAUUUUGGAUUUUCUAUGAAUGGUUUACCUAGUUGUAAUUUUUUUAUUGAUUGAUUUUUCAAAUUAAACAUUGUAUAAGUUCUUCGGCUUGUUGUUGCAUUUGGAUUCAAUUCAUAGAGGAUUGUUCAUAAUGCAUUGUUUGUAUUCUUGACAAGUCAUGGGUCUAAAUUGCGAUCACUUUACUCUGUGAAUCAUGAUAUUGCGGUCAUGGUUACUCCUUGAAUCAUGAUAUUGUGGCAAAUUGUGGCCGAUGAGACCGAAGCUGCAAUGCUAUUGAGUAGAUAUCUAAAACUUUUAAUAUUGCUGUUGCUGAUUGCAAUUUAGAACCAUUGCCUGAAUGUUGAAUAUAAAUCACUGUAACACCGACACUUCAGAUGGAACUGGCAGGACAUGGACAUAUGUGAUACAUUCGAUUAAUUCAUUUUUUCAAAUUUUAACAUGUCAGUGUCGGGCCUGGUGUCUGUGCUACAUAUAUAGAAAUUGAUAUAUUCUUAACAAGUUCUAUAAUGUCUUGUGAUUGGUUCGAAGUUUCAUGUAAACUUGAGCUUUGAUCUGCGUUUUUUUACUGUUACAACGCAUGUAUAAUUUUUUCUCUGGAACUCUUAGCAAUGAACAUGGGAUUUUGUUCAAAAUAAGUUCACUUCUCUGCAUUUGGUAUGAUUCAGUCAUUUCCACAUUAGCUCAGAGUUAUGAAUUUGAGAGACAUUAUAUUGUUUUACGUUUUAUAAAAUGGCUUGCGAGCUGUGAAUACGGCGAAUUAUCUGUUUAAGACCUUAAGCUUUUGUGCAUGCUAAUGGCUUGUUUCUGGGAUAACGGGGAAAUGAUUCUGAUAUCUGAACUUGUUUCUUUUAUCCUGUUAUCGAUUAGGUCAAGAAACGAUAGACCAUUUACCUUUAAAUUUCUCUCAAUGGUUUGAUCCGUAGUUUUAUUUUGUCUUCAUCUACCUCGAACUAGCUAUUAGAAUCAUUGCUUGAAUAUUGAAUAGAAACCAUUGUAGCACCGACACUUCUAAUGGAACCGGCAGGACACAGCCAUAUGUGAUACAUUCAAUUAAUUCAUUUUUUCAAGUUUUAACUAUGGUGUAUGGUGUCGUGUCUGGUGUAUGUGCUACAUAGAUAAAAAUUGAUAUAUUCUUAAAAAGUUCUAUUGUGUCUUAUGAUUGGUUCGAAGUUUCAUGUAAACUGUAGCUUUGAUUCUGUGUUUUUUACUGUUACAAAGCAUGUAUAAAUUUUUCUCUGGAACUCUUGGCAAUGAACAUGGGAUUUUGUUCAAACUAAAGUUCAUUUCUCUGCAUUUGGUAUGAUUCAGUCAUUUCUACAUUAGCUCAGAAGUUAUGAAUUUCAGAGACAUUAUAUUGUUUUACACUUUAUAAAAUGGCUUACGAGUUGUGAAGACGGCUAAUUAUCUUUUUAAGACCUUAAGCUUUUGUGCAUGCUAAUGACUUGUUUCUGGGAUAAUGGGGAAAUGAUUCUGAUAUCUGUUUUCUUUUAUCCUGUUAUCAAUUAGAUCAAGAUAGACCAUUUACCUUUAAAUUUCUCUCAAUGGUUUGACCCGUAGUUUUCUUUUGUCUUUAUCUACUUCGAACUAGCUAUUAGAAUAUAGUAUAUCUGGUCUAUUCUCUCUACUGGUACUUUUAUAGGUCUUCUCAAUAUAUGUCCAUGUUCCAAAUCAUCUAAGAGGAGAUUCUACCAUCUUCUCUACUAUGAGGUUUCAUUCACUUGAUACAUGGAAUCAUCAGCUGAAGAUUAUGCUGCAUUUGAAGAGAAAGUUCAAAGGACAGUGUACAUUGACAACAUGUCUCCACAAGUCACGGAAUCCGUGAUUAGAACUGCGCUUGACCAGUUUGCAUCUGUGAAAAGUGUCAAGUUUAUCCCCAACUCUCUAGGACCAAGCAGCAUGCCACAAUGUGCAUUGGUGGAAUUGGAUUCUGCCAAGAAGGUCAAGGAAGUGAUAGCAAUGAUUAAGCAGUAUCCUUUCAUGAUGUCAGGGAUGCCACGGCCUGUAAGAGCUCGUCCUGCUGUAAUGGAAAUGUUUGAUGAUCGGCCAAUGAAGCCGAAGAGAAAGAUGAAGUGUUGUUGGUUGGAGCAAAGUGACCCUGACUUUGAGGUGGCAGUGGAGCUGAAGAAUCUUACACGUAAACAUUCUUCAGAAAUAGCACUCAUGCACAGAGUGCUGCUAAAAGAAGAAGAGAAGUUGGCAGCCCAGCAGGCUGAAACUCUUAAAGUACAUUACAAAAAGUUUAGGAUGAUAGAUGGCAUUAUGGGUGACAAAACUGCCCAUACUUUGGCAAGAAAGUACAAUCUGGCUGUUGCAGAUGAGUGAAGGGUUCAUUUGGAUUAACUAUUUGUGUAAAUAGCAUUUUCUUUAUUUUUUUAGGAUAAACUAAUUUGCACCCUGUUACUGCUGCAAAAGAAAUUCCAUAGAUACAUGAUAGGUAUAUAACAUGCAAUUUGAUGCUUGACUAGUAAUUGAUUCUAAUAUUGUUUUCUUGUGAUCAGAUUCAUUGUUAGUGUUUUGUGUAAA